UGUUUUAGUUUCGGUUUAAAUUGUGCUACAAAUGCGCAGUAAAAAAAAACGCGCACAACAUUGUCGUGAUUUUGUUCGUACCGCUGUUUCUUAUACAAAAAUCUACGUACUAUGUCGUUUAUUAUCAUUUAUAUCGAAUGUACAUUUUUUUAUCAGGAGUUUAUCUGUCUGCUUUAUGCAGGGUGGCAUCCUAAGGACCGUCGCUAACUAAAAAAAAAAAAAAACCCAGACAACGUUAUUUUCCCUACCCGUAUUGGAGAAGUAAAUCCCGCCUUCUACGAUGUGAUUGGCUAGUAUUUUGGCGUAAGAAGGUUAAACAGUAUCUUAUUGGAUAAAGUCGGCCAAUCGUGGUAAAGAAGGCGGGGUUUGUUGAAAACGGGUAGGAGAGAAAAAAAUAAGACGAAUAGCUGUAUGUUCGCCGGUGGAGCGGUUGCGUGAGUCUCCACGUAUUUGUUCAUAAGAAGACGGUUUUAUUGGUUAUUUUAUUUUGUUUGUGUGGUUCAAUAACGGAAUCAGGAAUUGUUAAGACGUGUUUAAAUCUGUUGGAGUGACCGGUUCUACGUCGUGAUAUCAAUUGUUUUGGAUUAAACCGAUCUGCUUUUGGUGGGGGACAGAAAACACGUCCUGUCUGUGAUCAAGUAAGAAGCGGAUAGCGGUGUGGAUUAAAGAGAACUGCUGCGAUGAGCAAUUUGGACCCGGUGGAUCGAGUCGAGCUGUGUGAGAGUCUCCUAACAUGGAUACAGACGUUUGGAGUGGAAGCGCCGUGCAAAACAGUGGAAGAUCUAACGAGUGGUGUGGUCAUGGCUCAAGUGCUGCAGAAAAUAGACGUAGUGUACUUCAGCGACAGCUGGAUAAGCCGCAUCAAGCCUGAAGUGGGGGAUAAUUGGAGGUUAAAGAUCAGCAACUUAAAGAAAAUAUUAAAAGGCAUUUUGGAUUAUAACCAUGAGAUCCUGGGACAGCAGAUUAAUGACUUUACCCUACCCGAUGUGAAUCUGAUCGGAGAACACUCGGACGCUGCUGAGCUCGGCCGAAUGCUGCAGCUCAUACUCGGCUGCGCCGUCAACUGCGAACAGAAGCAAGAGUACAUCCAGACCAUCAUGAUGAUGGAGGAGUCGGUGCAGCAUGUCGUCAUGACGGCCAUUCAGGAGCUUAUGAGCAAAGAGACACCGGUUUCAACAGGAAAUGACUCCUACGCUGAUCUGGACAGACAACUGAAGAAGACCGUGGAGGAGCUAAACGAUGCUCUGGCUUCUAAAGAGGAGAUCGCUCAGCGCUGCCAUGAGCUGGACAUGCAGGUGGCAGCUCUGCAGGAGGAGAAGAGCAGCCUGCUUGCAGAGAAUCAGGUCCUGAUGGAACGUCUCAACCAGUCCGACUCCAUCGAGGACCUGAACAGCCCGGCCGGGAGGCGGCACCUUCAGCUACAGGCACAGCUGGAGCAGCUGCAGGAGGAGACGUUCAGGUUGGAGGCGGCUAAAGACGACUAUCGUAUCCGCUGUGAAGAGCUGGAGAAAGAGCUCCUGGAGGUCAGAAGUCAAAACGAAGAGCUGACGUCUCUGGCUGAUGAAGCUCAGUCACUCAAAGACGAAAUGGACGUCCUGAGACACUCGUCUGAUAAGGUGGCCAAGUUGGAGGCGCAGGUGGAGUCGUAUAAGAAGAAGCUGGAGGAUCUGGGGGACCUGCGCAGGCAGGUGAAGCUGCUGGAGGAGAAGAACACCAGCUACAUGCAGAACACCGUCAGCCUGGAGGAGGAGCUACGCAAAGCUAACACCGCCCGUGCUCAGCUGGAGAACUACAAGAGACAGGUGGUCGAGUUUCAGAACCGGUUGUCCGAGGAAUCCAAGAAAGCCGACAAGAUGGAGUUUGAGAGCAAGCGACUGAAGGAGAAGGUGGAUUCGCUUCAGAAGGAGAAAGACCGGAUGAGGACGGAGCGCGACUCUCUGAAGGAGACAAUAGAGGAGCUGCGGUGUGUUCAGGCUCAGGAGGGUCAGCUCACCUCAGGUUUGGUACCACUGGGCAGCAGCGAGGCCUCGGAUUCACUUGCAGCUGAAAUUGUGACCCCAGAGAUCCGGGAGCGGUUGAUUCGUCUGCAGCACGAGAACAAGAUGCUGAAGCUGAAUCAGGAGGGAUCGGACAACGAGCAGAUCGCACUUCUCAAGAGUCUGCUGGAGGACGCAAACGCCAGGAAGAACGAACUGGAGACGGAGAACAGGUUGGUGAAUCAGAGGCUCAUGGCAGGUCAGAGUCAGGUGGAGGAGCUUCAGAAGAGCUUACAGGAGCAGGGCUCGAGAGCAGACGACUCGGUUCUACUAAAGCGGAAGUGCGAGGAACAUUUAGAGAAAUUGAGAGACGCCACCAACGAGCUGCAGAAAAAGAGCGCCAUCAUCGAGGACCUGGAGCCCAAAUAUAACACCAGUGCUCAGAGGAUCGAGGAUCUGGAGGAGGCUCUGAAGAAGAAGGACGACGAGAUGAAGCAGAUGGAAGAGAGAUAUAAGAAAUAUCUGGAGAAAGCAAAGAGUGUCAUUAGGACAUUGGACCCUAAACAGAACCAGGGUUCAGCUCCUGAGGUUCAGGCCCUGAAGAACCAGCUACAGGAGAAGGAGAGGAUGUUGCACUCACUGGAGAAAGAGUACGACAAGGCGAAGUGUCAGCGAGAUCAUGAGGAGAAACUCAUUGUAUCUGCCUGGUACAAUAUGGGCAUGGCUCUCCAGAAGAAAGCAGCAGAGGACCGUUUAGCCAGCACAGGAUCAGGUCAAUCAUUCCUGGCACGUCAGAGACAAGCCACCAGCACACGGCGCUCGUAUCCAGGCCACGUGCAGCCUGCCACAGCCAGGUAGACUCCCCAACGUCACCACGGCAACACCGUGGUCAAACAAGACGCCUGUCUCUUUCCUCGCCCUUCAUCCUUCUCCUUUUCUUCUUCUCCCAGCUAAACGUCAUCGCAGGGUGUCUGAAUCUGGAAUCUUGUUUACAGUCCCACUAAAAUUUUCCUCUUUUCCUAAAGAUUAAACCCAGAGGGAUUUUAAGCAGAGAUGCACGUGUGUUUUAGGAUGAUGAUGAUGAUGACGAUGAUGAUGUAAAGGAGUGAAAGCUUGCUCUUGGAGCAAGCUUGACUUUUCCAAAUGUUUAUUAUUUGAAAGCGUUUUUUUUUUUUAAUGAUGGCUUUCUGACGUAGUGUUCAUUAAUACAGGAGGUGACGUGGUCCGAUUCCGAAGUGUUGACUGUUGCACACCGUUUUUUUUUUUUUUUGUUUGUUUGUUUUUGCUUGUUUUUGUUACAACUUCUCAAGUGUUUAGGAUGCAGUAUGUAGUGCUCCUGCUAAAUAAGCAAAAAAAAAAAUAACUUGAUGUGUUUCUCUGUAAAACCUCGUCAGUAAGGCCUUAGUUUGGGAGGCUGAUCUGGGAUCAGCUCAAUUUUUUUCCCCCUUAUACUGCUGCAGUAUUUGUUUGAAUCCAGAACAAGCUGAUAUCAGAUCAGCUUUCUGACUCGUAUCCUAAAAUAACCACAGAGGAAAAAAUGCUAGCAGCAUUUAAACGCUCUGCCUUGUUUUAUACCGACAUUCAUGUGGAUCCUUUCUUUCAUUUUGUCCUGCAGUGAUUCUUUUUCCCCUCAAAAGACGUUCUAGAGGUUGUAUCUAUGCAUUGAACUCUUUCUCUCUCUCUCUCUCUCUCUCUCUCUCUCUCUCUCUCUCUCUCUUUAGCUCUCUCUCUCUAACACACACACACACAUGCAAUAUUUUCUGCUGUGUUUCAGACCUUUUUUCCCCCCUCAGUGUUAAUAGGAGUGGAGUUUUUUUUUUUAAUUCAUGAUUUUAAUAAAUGAAUGUUUUCCCCGAGACAGGGUUUUAAACCUCCUCCACGCUGUAGCAACAAUAUGGUCGUGUUUGUAGCUUUAAAACUUUUCCACCACCACGGUGCACAAUUUUGUCUCAUGAAGCGACUCCUCCCGUCCGGCACUAUUACAUACGACAUCAGGGGUUCUCUUUAGUUUAACUAGUUUAUUAACAAACAUCACGAAUAGGUCUGUGACUCCGAGGACUGCGUUUGCGUGCUAAAAUUGGAAUAUGGAAAAUGAGUUAAAGAAAAGAGAUCAAAAUAUCCAAACUUGUAACGUCCAUUUGAGGUCGGUGAGAAUCAUCUUUUUUUGUAACGGCUUUUAAGGCGAAAAAAACGGGAAGGCAUUUAAGCAGCCUUCACACCGCACACGACAAACGGACACGACUGUCGCAUUCCGCCCCUAGUGGCAGUCGCACAUAAUGUGCGAUAUGAUCGUGUAGACGUCAACAUUCUCGUGACACCCGAAAAUAACCACGAAAAUCUCCUCGCCGAGACUUUUUCUCCGAGUCACGUAGUGUAGUCGGACAAGUUUGAUUUUUCUAACGGAUCCGAAAAUGACGGAUCCGCAGACGGUCGGCACCUCACGCAGCGACCUUGCGACUCUCCAUAGGAAAUGAAUGACUUCCGGUUUAUCUGCGGCCGUUUGUCGUGUGCAGCGUGAAGGCGGCUUUACAAAUAAUAAUCGGGGUCUAGAAAUAAACACGAUCUCUGAUUCUCUAGGUUGGAUUUCAUCAUUCGAUCACACUUUCCACCGUCCUUAAGUCAAAUCCUUCAGCGCGGACGAAGAGAAAGUUAAUCAUCGAUGAUAAAUAUGAUCGGCUUUAAAAUCGUUUAUUCACGAUUUAAUCGUUUGUAUCGGUUCGCCGGCACGACCCGUCGGUCCGUUCUUUUAAAAUCGCAUUCAAACAGUUGCAUAAGUAACUCCAGUUGUUGCCAUGGUGAUAAUAUGGCGCAAGCAGACCUGCAGUUUCUGCUCACAGUUUCAGUCCUGAGUCUCAAUUCAGUUCAAUUGAAUUCAAAUGGAUUUGUAUAGCGCUUUUAACAACAGACGAAGCUUUACAGAACAUCAACAGAGUCUCGACUGCACACUUUUAAUAAUAAAUAAUUCUAUAAAUUUACUGUUUUAGUAAACGAAUAAGACUUCAAACUCAAAACGCUACUGUAGUCUCUUACGUUCUGCAUUAACACGGCAUCCCUUUUCCUUCUGUUUUUUUCACAGGGCCUUUAAAAACGAGCCGCAAAACAAUCUCUGGAACUAAAACUUCAGAUUAAAGUCCGUGUUCCGAUCCGUCAAGUCGGUCGUCCAAACGCGAGGCCUCGUUUCACGGCCCAUUCUUCACCUUAUUAAUUCAACCAAAGCUUUAAAAUGACUCCUUUAUUUAAUUAUUAAUCAGGAUUAAUCGUUCCCCGAUCGGUUCAGACCUUCAAGCGGUUACUGCCUUGCCAAAUCUGCAUCAAUCCUCGACCCCGUCGAUACGAUAACCUUCAAGGUACGAGCGGGAAAACAGAAACAUUCCGGAUAGGAAAAAAAAAAAAAAAACCUCUGUGAUCAAAAAGCACAAUUAUCUUAAACGGAGUUAAUUUACUGUAAUAGCGGCGUAACGCUCGUGUUAACGCAGAUUAUACACAGUCUCGUGUCGGUGUUCGUUCUUCACACCACAUUUCUGGCUGCCUAAAUCACUUACUAGAAUAAAGCAGCACGACGCCCCGGAGUUAUUAUUUUCCUGUAACUGAGUUUCUCCCGAGUGCGUUAGCGUGCAGGAUUUGUGCUCAAUGAAUGUCACAGUUCAUGUCGCGCCUUUAUGAUACAAUUAAUGGCCUUUUUUUUUAUACGAGUGAGAAAAUAUAAAGUCUCAGGGGAUAACGGGGUCGGAAAAACUACACCCCUCCCUUACAGACAUGGAUCUCGGAAUUCCUCUCCGGGAAUUUGGGCGGCGUUCGAUUAACUCGGGUUGUCUGAUAAUCUGAUGCGUUUUUCCCCCCUAAUCACCACAUGUGCCGUUGAGUCGACAGUAAACAGAAUUCCCUGUGCUUUCAUUUAUACUUUUUUCUCUCUCUUUUAAUCUUUUUAUAACUUUUUUUUUGUCAGCAUCAUAACAUACGUUUCUCAUCGAUAAUCACACACUAAUAAAUAUAAUAAUAAGAAGAAGAAUAAUAAGAAUAAUAAUAAUUUCGGAUAAGCGGUAGAAGAUGGAUGGAUGGAUGGAUGGAUGGAUGGAUGGAUGGAUGGAUGGAUGGAUGGAUAAUAACAAUAGGCCUCAUUGCUUCACAACAAACUGAUUUGCUCUUGAUGUUGGUGCGAUUUUCUUUUUUUCUUUUCUUAUCAUUGAACACAAUCUAAUCUCAGUAGUCUGUUUGUCUACUAACCAUCAUUAACAUUCAGAAAUCAACAUGAAUCAGCCAUUUUGUUUGACUGCUGUCAAUGUCCCCUCUUUGUUUCUCUCUCCCCCUGUGUGUGUGUGUGUGUAUGUGUGUGUGUGUGUGUGCGUCCUCCCUCCGCAGUGAUGUAAAGGCAUGAGCGUCCAGUCGAGGCGGCGCGGCUGCAUGAUGCAUGAUUUUGCGAUCGAAUAACACCUCAACACGCACUAACACCUCCCUCACGGGUCUUUCGCCUCCAGUCCGGGUUCAUCAGCAUUCAUGUGUUGCGUUCCUAAACGUCUGCUAUCCCAGCAUGCACCUGUCUGUGGGUUUGGGCCUGGAGGUUACUGGGGAGUGAUAUAAGUAUUACAAUGUUUUGAAUUACGACACAGGUGGUGAAGUGUCUCUAGGUCAAAAACAGUCCUUUUCUUUUGAAUAUUUAUUAGAAUUAUUUCUAUUUCUAAUUUGAUUGAAGUGUUUUCUAUUAUUAUUAUUAUUAUUAUUAUUAUUAUUAUUAUUAUGUUUUUAUGGCCCUGUGAACAAAUUUUGUCCCCCACUCUCUACAUGUCAGUGUUUUGUGGAAAUAUUUUUUGUUUUGUUUUUUUCUUUUCUUUCUGACAGUAUUAGGAGGUAAAGGUUUGAUUGAUUAAUUAAUUAAUUAAUUAAACAUUAAGGCUUUUCCAAGCAGAAAGCAUAUAACUGUAUAUGGAUGUGCAUAUUAGAGACCUCACAACAGAAAGUGAAACCUAGCUCAGAGAAAAACACUGAAAAUUCUAUAUAUAUAAAAAAAAUAAUAAUAAUUCUUUAAAAUAUGUGAUGCUAGAAUGGUCAUUUAUUUACUUAACAAAUCUUUGUUAAAUAAUUAUUCGAACCGAUGGAUUUCAGGCUGCUUUCGCACGUCGUCCCACCAAAGAAUUACAUUUAGGAAAAGGCAGAAGAAUACAACUGAUUAUUUUGGUCACAGCAAAGCAUCAAAUGUUGGAAUUCUGAGGUAAAUUUUUUUUUGUUUGUUUAAGUUUUAUGACCUGUUUAAUUACAGAUAUGUCAUAAAACCUGUGAUCUGAUUGGUCAGCUUUACAAGCAUUCCAACUUAACAAAAAUGAUCAACUUUAUAUGGAGUUUUACGUUCGAGUCGUUUUUUUCUCUUCGGCCUCUAAAAAUCCAACGAAUUCGAUCUUAAUUUAAACUAAUAUUAACACAACUAGAGCGCUAGCUAGGUUAGUUAGAUAGCUGAUGCUAGCUAGGAUUUAUAAGAUCGUUGUUAUGGUUACAGCGUGAACUUCACUUGCCCUGAAGGGGGGAAAAGCAUAAAAGCGGCUAAAAUAACUAGCAGAGAAAACCGGAAAGCUACUUCGCUAAAUACAGAACCUUCUAGCGCUGGGGCUCUUAACAUUGUUAGGUCACGUUUUUUGUGAAAUAGGUUUACAUUACAUUAAAGGACAGAGACGGUAUGUGGCGUCAGUGACAUCGUCAGCUCUCUAGGUCUCUAAUAUGUGCAUCUAUGCUCAAUAAAAGGUCGUGCGGACGAUCGAUAAGGGGCGUGUUCUGUCCGAUUAACUACUUUUACCUCAGAUCCGGUGACGACUUCAUGGACUAAUACAGUAAACCUUGUGAAGUUGAAUAACUUUCUCCGCUGCUUCUUUCUUCUUUCUGUUACACCUCAUCAUGUACAUUAACGCUUUUAUAGCAAUACGGCACCAUUUUGUACUGUUACAUCUUGAUUUUUUUAUUUGAUUUUUUUUUCAAUAUAUACAUUUACAUAUAUAUAUAUAUAUAUAUUUAGUGUACAAUUCGUAAGAGCAUCUGUGAGUUAUUGAACACACAACACGUGGUCUUGACAACAGUGUUAGAUAUUUAAAAUGAAAUUCAGAAGAAAACUACACGUUCACAGCCGUCCAUAGGAAAGGAUCUGCUCCGAUCGGAGACCUCGGGCAAACCCUUAUAAUAAAAAAAAAAGGAAGAAGAAACAAUGACGAUUUGGUCAACUUUCUCGAGUAUUACGAUCGAUGUGUAUUUUUUAUGCAUAGGAAGAUGUUACGUCUAGUCAAAGUAGCAAAUAAUCUCUCCAUUUGCCAAGUUUUAUAUUGCUUGUAUACAGUAUGUACAUACGCUCUGUGUAAGACAGCGGAGGAAGUUCCUGCUCGUUAGUUUAUAUAAAUAUAUAUUAAAAAAAAGGAAUGGAAAGGAGAUGAUGGACUGUAGGUGAAUUAUAAGACGUGACUCGGAACUUUGAGGGAAAAAUGUGCUUCCUUCUCUGCAAAAAUGUACAGUUGGUAAUCAAGUUGUAAAUAAAGCUUGUAAAAAAAUCUCA